ACCUCAUUCACAGGUUUAUUUGAAAGAUAAAAAGGUACGGCAUUUCUCAUCGUACUUAAUCCUUUUAAAACAUAAAAAUAAUAAUACUUAAAAUAGUGUUUGUUAUAAGUAUGUCAUUCAUUCUUGUCUAAUUGCUUUCUCGGUCUACACUAUUUUUAAAGCUUACCAUGGCCGAUCGCAUGCCAAAAUUGGACAAUUUGAAAGACAAGACAGCCAUCACCCCGAGCAUUGCUGAUUAUAUGAAACUGAUCGAAAAGCAAAAUUUGGAAAGGGUAGCGAAACUUCAGAGGAUCCGUAGAAACAACUUAAUAACUGGAUUUUCUCUUGGCGCCUGUGUAAUAGGAAUAUUCACCUAUUCGAUACUUUCUGUUAGACAAGAAACUUUCUUAGACGAUUUUGACAAACCUGCAAUCAAAGAAGUUGAUACAAAAUUAUAAAAAAAAAAAUGUCUCUCCCCAACUUAGCAUUACCUCCGUUGCCAACAAUUAGAGACUUACUAAGAUUGUAUAAACUUAGGGCAAUGCGACAACUAUCUCAAAAUUUUAUAAUGGACGAAAGAAUCACAGAUAAAAUUGUAAAAGCCGCUGGGAAAAUUAAAGGAGGGCACAUUUGUGAGGUUGGACCUGGCCCUGGCAACAUCACCAGAUCUAUAAUAAAGCGUUCACCCAAUAGUUUGUAUCUUGUCGAAAAAGACAUAAGAUUUAGCCCUUUUCUCGAGAUGCUUAAAGAUUGUGCGCCUUGUGAAAUAAAUAUCAUCAACGAAAAUGUACUUUCAUUAAAUUAUCAAGAAUUCUUUCCCAAAAACGAGGCGAAAGGUUGGUCUGAUGAGACGCCAAAUAUUCAUCUAAUUGGAAACUUACCUUUUAACAUUGCUACACCACUUAUAAUUAAAUGGCUAAAAGCCAUCUCAGAACGGAGUAGUGCCUGGGCAUUUGGCAGGGUUCAAAUGACACUUACAUUUCAAAAAGAGGUCGCAGAAAGAAUUGUCGCACCUAUCCUAUCUUCACAAAGGUGUAGGCUUUCUUUGAUGGCACAAAACUGGUGUCAUGUCGAUCACAAAUUUACUAUACCAGGAAAAGCAUUUGUGCCUAAACCAAAAGUAGAUGUAGGAGUGGUUCACUUUAUUCCCCUGAAGACACCUUUGGUAGACGAACCGUUUCAUUUUGUUGAAAAUGUUUGCCGUUCAUUGUUCAGCUUCAGGCAGAAGUACUGUUGUAAAAGCCUUGGGACUCUAUUUCAUCAAUCAAAAAGAGAGAAAUUGACAAUGGAGCUAUUGGAGCGAGCCUCUAUUCCAAAAGAAACUAGGGCCUUCCAAAUCACUCACCAAGAGCUUGACAGAAUCUGUCAGGCAUACAAAGAAAUGUUACUGCAGGACCCUAGCCUUGAAACUUACAAUUACAGAAGAAACUCAAUUUCUUCAAUGGAAAUCGAUGAAAACAAAGAAUUAGAUGAGUUAGUCAGCUAUUAGUGUUUACUAUAUUAAAUAAAUAAGUUAUGUUUAUAUGCA